AUGCAGGCUAUUAAAUGUGUCGUCGUCGGGGACGGAGCUGUGGGAAAGACAUGUCUUCUCAUCAGUUACACCACAAAUGCAUUUCCCGGAGAAUACAUUCCCACUGUAUUUGACAAUUAUUCUGCCAAUGUGAUGGUUGAUGGCCGCCCAGUGAACUUAGGAUUGUGGGAUACAGCUGGUCAGGAAGAUUAUGACAGACUGAGACCACUCUCUUAUCCACAGACAGAUGUAUUUCUGAUUUGCUUCUCGUUGGUGAGCCCUGCUUCCUUUGACAACGUUCGUGCUAAAUGGUAUCCAGAAGUGAGUCAUCAUUGUCCUAACACACCCAUCAUCUUGGUUGGAACCAAGUUGGAUCUUCGGGAUGAUAGAGAGACGAUUGACAAGCUUGCUCAGAGGAACCUAUCACCAGUCACAUACCCUAAGGGUUUAUUAAUGAUGAAGGAGAUUAGUGGUGUGAAGUAUUUGGAAUGCUCUGCUCUCACUCAGAAAGGACUCAAGACAGUGUUUGAUGAAGCUAUUCGAGCUGUACUCUGCCCAGAUCAGAACAAGAAGAAGAAGAAGGGCAACAAGUGUAGAUUAAUUUGA